AUGUACAACGACGACCUUUCUCCCACCGUAAUGGCAGGAAAGAAUACUACGAUGACGUUUUUGAGGAACGAGAAGUUCCUCGUCCGGUUCGAAACCCCAAUAGAUCCCACUCUUGACGCGGUGCCCUUCUACGUCGCCCCCCACUGGCAUCCAACGCACGACGAAAUAUUCCUGGUCAUCAAAGGGCGGAUGCAGGUCACGGUCGGAUCCACCACCCGCAUAUUCGCCCCAGAAGACGGUGAGGUGUGCGUCCCAAAGGGUACUGUGCACAGUAUACAGACCUUCAAAGGCGAACACCUUAUCUUCGAGGAGCGUACAGAACCGAUGGAUGACAUCAAGGAGGUGUUCUUCCGUAACCUCCCACCGCUGGACGGGGGCUUGCCAACUAACCUAGACGAGGCAAUGCAAAUUGCCUUAGCCGCCUACCACGGCGACGCGCGUCCUGUGUUGCCUUUGCACAUCUUCUGGCUGGAGAAUGUUUUUAUUGCGAUCCUGGGUGGUAUCUUGGCUCCGUUGCUUGGCUGGAAGCGGAAGUAUACCAGCGUCAAGAAGGAGAACUGA